AUGGUCCGCCAAACAACCUGGCUACUGCCUCUCCUACUCCUCCAGGCCCUCCCCUUCGCCGUGACGCGUCCUACAGCCGUGAACGUGGACGUGCAAGUGCCCGAUGCAGACGCCUGUGCCGAUGGUCAGGACUGCACUAUGAACAUCCACGGCGGGAAGGAUGACGAUGAUGAUGAUGAUGAUGACGAUGACAACAACGAUAUCACGGACCAAGUUCGUCAUAAACAUCAUCAUAAAGACCAGGGUGAUGAUGAUGACGAUGAUGAUGGUGACUGGGAUAGCGAUAGCGAUAGCGACAGUGACAGCGACGACGACUCCGAUUCUGACUCUGAUUCUGAUUCUGAUGAUGAUGACGAUGAAGAUGACCACCACCACGGCAACGGCUGCGACAACAACAACAACGACAACGACGUGCAAACCAUCACCAUCACGACCAUUGAGCCGGGCCCAACGCAAGUAAUCACGGUGACCACCACAACCACCGAAUCCAACACCGCCGGCCUCAUCCCACCACCAACCGACUGUCCAGCCACAACAACAGCGACAGCAACAGAAACCACAACAGAAACAGCAACAAUCUCAAUCCCCGGCCCAGCCAUCACCUCGACUACAACCGCAACAGCAAUCCAAACAGCAACAGUGACAGAAACCGAAUCAGAUGUCAUCACUGCCACUAUCACCGAUACAUCCACCAUCACUCAACCCCCAGUGACCACUACAGAAACACAGACACACACAGCGGUAUCCACAACGACAGACACCGUCUCCUUUACCAUCAUACACACAGAUACGAUUACUCUUCCCGGACCGACUAUUACCGAGACGGAUGUUUUGACUGCUACUGCUACUAUUACUGAGACGGAUACGGAUACUGUGACACUCCCUGCGGAGACGGUGACAGCGACAGAGACGGAUGUUUCUGUAUCGACUAUAACCCUCCCUGCCUCAACAGUGACUGCCACAGCAACAACAACAGUGACAGACACAACAACCUGCCCCACCGAUACCCCCGGCGGUGACGACGGCGACGACGGCGAUGACAACAACACCUCCAGUGGUAACGACUACGGCCAAUGCACCGACCCCAGCAUCUCAUACCAAUACGGCCUAGACGGACGGACCGAAUGGAGUUUCAUCACGAACAACCAAGUGGAUUUCGAGCACGGGAGUUCCACGACCAUCGAUACCUUGAUGAACUUUGUGUGUAAUCGGUUGAUUAGUCCGUGUAAUGCGCCGCAGGAGACCGUUGAUGCGUGCUAUGCGGCGGAGGAUCAGGUGAAUAGUAGUGGGCUUGUUGGGGAGGAUGCGGCGGAUUUGUGGAAUGAGUUGAUGGCUUAG